GACCUCAUCGACGUUCUCGAAGGCGUUGAUGACAUCAUAAGGCAGGCAGGACAGCAGGUCGAUGACGAACCACGUCUUCAGGUAGUUCAUGCGGAUGAGCUUGGGGUCGGAGAUGACCUCGCCCGCCGGCCCCACGAAGGUGGUGUGGAAGUUCAGCACGAUGUCCACCAGGAAGAUGACGUCCACCACGCUGUCCACCACCAGCCAGGCCACGUUGUUCUGCUUGGUCUUGAAGGAGACGUUGUAGGGCACCAUGAUGGCCGUGUAGAAGGUGAGGAUGAGGAUCACCCAGUCCCACGUGGUCUUGAAGGCGCAGUAGUGCAGGAUGAUGUGCGGCGGCGUCUUCGGCGUCUCCUGCUUGUACUGAGGCAGGAUCUCCGAGCCCAGCUGCAGCACCUGGAGGAGGGGAGGAGGAGCCAAAGGGCAUCGGUCAGCGGUCCGGUACGUCCAGAGACCAGCGCCACUCUAAAAUAAAUACCGAAUUUUUUAGGAUUUACAGAUGCGACUCCUCUGUAAAGGUGGAACCCUGCGGGAUUUAUAAUAACCGCCUUAAAUAAUGUUGAAUGAGGAGGCCUGGUUUGCAGUCAUCGUUCCAGUUCAUACCAAGGGGGUUCAGGGGUUGAGGUCGGGGCAGGACUCUAAAGUUCCUCCAACUGAUAUUGUACACCUGCUAGCGAUGGGUGUGGCUUCUACACCUGAACUCAGUCAUUAAGAGGGACGUCCACACACUAUUGUCCAUAUUUAUAGUGUAAUAUUCUUUCGGCCGCCCCCGUAUUUAGGCAUCGCCACAGCGGAUCUGGUCCUCAUAAAUGUGUGUGUUUAUGUGUGUGUCUGUGUUUAUAUGUGCGGUGUCUGUGUGUGUGUUUAUGUGUGUCGGUGUGUGUGUGAGUGUGUGUGUGUUUGUGUGUGUGUUUACGUUUAUGUGUGAGUGUGUGUGAGUAAGUGUGUCUGUGUGUGUGUUGGUGUGUAUGUGUGUGUUAGUUUAUGUGAGUGUGUCUGUGUGUGUCUGUGUGUGACUGUGUGUGUCAGUUAUUGUGUGUUAGUGUGUGCAUUAAUGUGAGUGUGUCUGUGUGAUUGUGUGUUAGCUUGUGUGUGUUAGAGUGUGUGUGUAUGUGUGUUAGUAUAUGUGUGUGUGUUUUAUGUGUGUGGGUGUGUCUGUGUGUGUGUUCAUGUGUGUGGGUGUGUGUUUAUGUGUGUGUCCGUGUAUGUGUGUGUCCGUGUAUGUGUGUGUGUGUUUAUGUGUGUGUGUGUGUGAGUGUGUGUCUGUGUGUGUGCGUGUGUUUAUGUGUGUCGGUGGGUGUGUGAGUGUGUGUCCGUGUAUGUGUGAGUGUGUGUGUGAGUCUGUGUCUGUGUGUGUGCGUGUGUUUAUGUGUGUGUGUGUGUGUGUGUGUGUGUGUGUGUGAGUGUGUGUCCGUGAAUUUGUGUGUGUUUAUGUGUCUGUGUGAGUGGGUGUGUAUGAGUGUUAGUGUGUAGGUGUUUGUGUGUCUUAGUUUAUGUGAGUGUGUCUGUGUGUGUAUGUGUCUGUGUGUGUGUGUGUGUGUGUGUAUGUGUCUGUGUGUAUAUGUAUAUGUGUUAGUAUGUGUUAGUGUGUUAGUAUAUGUGUGUGUUUGUGUGUGUUUGUGUGUCUCUCCCAAAAUUUCUCCCAAUUCCCCCUAUUGCUGUUUCCUUGUCACCUGCACCACCCCCGCGCUGGCAGAGGAGAGCUGAGACUAUCACACACCCCUUCCGACAGACACCUAUUCACCUGCUGCUGGUUCUUUUCAGCUGUGUCUGUUUGGAUGCCCGUCCAGACGGCUGGAGCUGCUGCAGGACUCCUCGACUGCUGGUUAGAGCUCGGGAGGAAACCGGAGCUUCCAUAGGAAACCCACACAGACACGGGGAGAACAUGCAAACCUCACACAGAAAGGACCCGGACCGCCCCACCUGGGGAUCGAACCCAGGACCUUCUUGCUGUGAGGUGACAGUGCUACCCACCGAGCCAACGUGCCGCCCAUAUAUCGACACUGUUCCUGCGCUGCGUUGUACCCAGUCGAGUCCCUCAGCCUCCUUACCUUCAUCAGUGCACUUGGUGAGACCUGCAGAUGUAAGUGUGCUGUCUGCACUCGGACUGUCCGACUCAUACAGAUCUGCUGAUGUCAGGAUCCUAAAUGGACUUCUGGCGAUUCUGUCCGGCUUUAAUCCAGAUGUGAGCAUGGUGCUACCAGAACCGAGGGAUCUGUUGGAAGAAGCUGAGAACCUUGCUGUCGCCCUCAACAAUAAUCAGUGGAAGCUGAUCCUUCUUUUCGUGCCGGUGGAUGAGUUGUGCCGCUGCACAGAUCAGAUGGCUUUAACAGUCAACUCAACUGUACACAGAGUAAAGACGGCACUGGACAAACUACAUGAGAAGUUGGAUCGGGUUCUGGUUCAUGUUGUGGUUUGGGGCGGCCGAACUGAUUCUGAUUCAAACAGCAGACGAUGUGAAUGUCAGUACGAGGAUGCGGUCAGUUCAAGGGUUCGGACCUGGUACAGAGCUGCAUUUACAGCCGCCCUGCUGGAGUCUCUGGGUGCCCUGCUGCAGAGGCAUCACUGCUGGAAUGAUCGAGAAGACUUCACGGUUGUGCUGCAGUCCACUCCAACACACUUCGAUUCCUCGGAUGAUCCAGAGGAAGGCGCCACCGCUUCUGACCCGCAGACGAUCCUGCAGUUGUGGAUGAAAUUGCUACAGUCGGAGGAGACGAGCGCCGCUCCUGUUCCCUGCCCAUCAGAGGAGAAGCCGUAUCUGUACACGCAGUGCAAAUCAUUCCUUAAUCCACAGAAUAAUGAAGCAGAAUCUCAGCUCAGUCCCAUGACGGGUACUAGUUUCCUGUGUAACGAAACGAGCCCGUCUCCUUCGGCUCCCACCUCAGUCCAUGCCCUCCGACCGGCUGAUGUCAAAGUGGUGGCGGCUUUAGGAGACUCCAUUACAGCAGGAAACGGAGUGGGUGCAAGUCAGAACAACCUCCUGGGGGUCCUGACUGAGUAUCGAGGUCUGUCCUGGAGUGUUGGAGGUGACGGCAGUCUCUCAUCUGUAACCACCUUAGCGAAUAUCCUGAGGGAGUUUAACCCUUCACUCACUGGAUAUUCAACCGGGACUGGAAAAGCAAAUACGAAGCAGGCGUUUCUCAACCAGGCCGUAGCUGGAAGUGAGAGCAAAGAUCUGCCCCCCCAGGCACGAACCCUUAUCACAAGAAUGAGCAACGACUCGAGCAUCGAUUUCCAUAAUGACUGGAAGGUCGUCACCCUCUUCAUCGGAGGAAACGACUUGUGUGAAUUCUGCGAUGACACGGAGUUUUACUCUGCCAGCAAUUUUUCCAGUCGCAUCCGGGAUACGUUGGACAUCUUACAUCGCGAGGUUCCUCGUGCUCUGGUGAAUGUGGUGGAACUUUUUGACAUCGUUAUACUCCGACAGUUACACCAGACCUCCGGUCUCGGCUGCCCCACCUGGCUCGUCAAGAGUCUCUGUCCUUGUGUGAUCAAUCCUGCAGAAGGAUCACCAGAGCUGGAGCAGUUAAUUCAGAUCAACAGAGCAUAUCGGAAUGCAACAAGAAGCCUGGUGGAUUCUGGUCGAUAUAACACCCGUCCUGACUUCACCGUACUCAGGCAGCCAUUUUUCACAAACGUGUCCUUCCCUGUUCUACCGAAUGGCAAACCUGAUCGUUCCUACUUCGCCGCAGACUGUUUUCAUCUCAGUCAGAAAUCCCACUCUCUGAUGGCUAAAGCUCUCUGGAACAACAUGAUUGAGCCUGUGAACAGUAAAACCACCUCUGUGGAUUUUAAUGAGGGCGUGUCCAUGAAAUGCCCCACUGCUAGCAGCCCUUAUUUGUUCACAUAUGAAAACAGUGUACCAGCCACGGCUACACCUCCGAUCCCGAACUGGGGUAGCGACUUCUCCUGCGUGCACACAUCACCAUCAGAUACCAUACCUGCAUCAGUUCACAGGUUGCGACCGGGUGACAUUAACGUUGUUGCUGCUUUAGGAGACUCUAUUACUGCUGGCUUUGGAGCGAAGGCCGAAAACCUCCUGGAGCUGCCUAACGAGGAAAGAGGGGUGUCCUGGAGCAUUGGGGGUGAUGAAACUCUGGAGACUGUCACCACAAUACCAAACAUCUUGAAGAAUUUCAACCCACAUGUGUUUGGCUUCUCGAAGGGGCGUGGCAAGAGGCCCAACGGCUUCAACAUGGCAGUGAGUGGCGCCAAAGCCAGAGAUAUACCUGGGCAGGUGAGAGAUCUGGUGAAGGAGUUAAAGAACAGCACAAACGUGGACUUUGAGAAGGACUGGAAGUUGGUGACUCUGUUUAUAGGCGGUAAUGAUCUGUGCCAGUAUUGUGAAGAUCAGACCUCCCUCUCACCUAAGAAGUAUAUUGGACACAUCAGGGAUGCUCUGGACAUCCUGUAUCAUGAGGUCCCCAGGGUGCUGGUCAAUUUUGUUGAGAUCCUACAGAUCGAGGACUUGCGUAAAAUCAAAUCAAACAUGACCGGGUGCGCUCUGCUACAGUCGAAUAUUUGUCCGUGUUUUCUACGUCCUGAGGAGAACUCAGAGGAACUCUCCCAGAUGAAGAGGGUCAAUCGAGAGAUCCAGACGGAGACGGAAAGGUUGGCGUUCGGAGGACGAUAUGGGGGCAGAGAAGACUUCGCUGUAGUUCUGCAGCCUUUCUUCCAAAACACUGCAGUUCCAAUGGGAGCGGACCGACAGCCGGACCUGAGCUUCUUCUCCGUGGACUGUUUCCACUUCACCGAGCGCAGCCAUGCUGAGAUGGGCAUCGCUCUCUGGAACAAUAUGUUGGAGCCGGUGGGAAGCAAGCAGACCUACAACAACUUCACGCAUGACCGCAGCAGGAUGAGCUGCCCCUCCGAGGAUCGUCCCUUCAUCUUCACAUUAGCAAACAGUUUCAACAUUGAACCAACCAAAACCACCCAACCACCACCACCGACGACGACCUCUCAUCCCCCCGCUGCGCCCCGAGGAUCGGUGGAAUUCUGGGCGGCGGCCCUGUUAGCGAUCGCUGGCACUGUGGUCGGUGCCACCGUCACCUGGCUCAUCCUGUCCUGCCGACACGAGAGGAAGAAAAACGAGAAACUGCGAUUAGUAAUGAUACAGGGCUACGAACAAAAGUUAUGAACAAGACUGAGCAGCACUGAGCAGCACUCGACCCUCAAAUGCUUGAAUGUAUUCAGACACAGUUUAAGUUGCUCUGUAUAAAAGUGUCUGUGAAAUAAGGCAUAAAAAUGUAGAAGAAAUAAGAUCAGGAUACACGUUUAACAUGUUUACCGUUAUGAGAUGCAGCUGAAGGUGGUUGCAGCUGUUUAUUUACCUAUAAAGUGACAGAAAUCAUGUUGAUUUAUAUUGUUUAAUGUAAAUGCACUAAAACCUUUGUCAGAAAUAAAACAGACCUGCUUUUUGGCAGCAUACAAGA